UUUAUAAACGGUACAAAGCGGUAAGGUUUUUGUCAAACGCAUUCGUGUUAGCGAGACGAGAGAAGAAAAAGAACACAAAGCGAUCAGAGAGACACUACCUUGAAAAUCAUGUCGGAAUUAAAAGAUAAUCAGGAGUUCCAGCCUAUAGUGUGUGACAAUGGAACUGGAAUGGUCAAGGCUGGAUUUGCUGGAGAUGAUACACCAAGUUCUGUGUUCCCAAGCAUCGUGGGUCGUCCACGACACAGAGGGGUGAUGGUUGGAAUGGAUGAGAAGGAUUCCUUUGUGGGAGACGAGGCUCAAGCCAAGAGAGGUAUUCUAACUCUCAAAUACCCAAUCGAGCACGGUAUCGUCAACAAUUGGGAUGACAUGGAGAAGAUCUGGCACCAUACUUUCUUCAACGAGCUGCGUGUGUCUCCUGAAGAUUACCCUGUCCUUCUCACUGAAGCUCCUCUCAACCCUAAGGUCAAUCGAGAGAAGAUGACUCAGAUCAUGUUUGAGACCUUCAAUGUUCCUAUGAUGUAUGUUGCCAUCCAGGCCGUUCUCUCUCUCUAUGCCAGUGGUCGUACCACAGGUAUUGUGUUGGAUUCAGGAGAUGGUGUAAGCCACACUGUUCCAAUUUACGAAGGUUACGCACUCCCACACGCGAUCCUGCGUCUGGACCUAGCAGGGCGUGACCUAACGGACGCUCUCAUGAAGAUCAUGACCGAACGUGGCUACACAUACACAACAUCUGCGGAGCGUGAGAUAGUCCGGGACAUCAAAGAGAAGCUGGCUUACAUAGCCCUUGACUACGAGCAAGAACUGGAGAAAGCUAGGGCGAGCUCGGAAAUCAAUAAGACCUACGAGCUUCCGGAUGGUCAAGUGAUCACGAUAGGAGCCGAGAGGUUCAGGUGCCCUGAGGUUCUUUUCCAGCCUUCAAUGAUCGGAAUGGAAACUCCCGGAAUUCACGAGACGACUUACAAUUCGAUCAUGAAGUGUGAUCUUGACAUAAGGAAGGAUUUGUAUGGAAACAUUGUGUUGAGUGGUGGCUCCACUAUGUUCCCUGGUAUUGCUGAGAGGAUGACCAAAGAGAUCAGUUCGCUUGCACCGGCUAGUAUGAAGGUCAAAGUUGUGGCUCCUCCAGAGAGGAAGUACAGUGUUUGGAUCGGAGGCUCCAUUUUGGCUUCUCUUAGCACCUUUCAGCAGAUGUGGAUGACUAAGGAAGAGUAUGACGAAUAUGGAGAGGAGAUUGUUCACAAGAAGUGCUUCUAAUUAAUCUUGUUGAAAAUCGAGAUUUGUUCUUCAGUGUUUGAGAUUUGUUAUGGUGAUGGAUGAGACUUUCUUUAUGCUUUUCUUCUUCAGUUUUUUUGUUUGGUGAACUGUGUCGUUUACAAGGGAUUUCAUAUAACCAGGUGAUUCCUUUGUUUAAAUUAAUAAUGCUGGUGUUUAAACAGUGAUUCAAGGAUUUUGUUUCUUGUUGUUAUUGUUUAUCUUGCUGAUCAAAU